AUGAUACCAAAGCUCACCUUUCUUGUGCUAAUACUUUCAAUCGCGGUGAGGAGCCAACAGCCAGAGGAGUCCUUAAGAUUAAACGUGCCCCUCUGGGAUGUGGGUGAUCUUUACUCUCGUAUUUCAAAUGCUUUUGGCGCAACAAGCUCCACGGCAGCGCCGCAGGUUGCAAAUUCAGCUGUCGCCAAUCCUUGGGGCGACUACUACAAUGCGCUCCUGCAGGAAUACUAUAAUAAAAAGCAAGGAUUAUACGCUGCAAAUUCGGCGAGCGAAGUUAUACCGGUGGAGCCAUUGCCCCUGCCUAUACCUGUUCCAGUACUUCCCAGGCCUCCGCGUCCACUGCGGCCUUUAAGGCCAAGACCAACUCGACCAUGGCCCAGACCAACUCGAAAGCCCACAAGAAGGCCGACAACAACAAGGCGGCCUACAACAACUACUGAAAGGACUACAACCACUCGGACAACAACAACUGCAUCUCCAAUAUCCUCCUCGUCCUCGAGUACUUCGACUCCCAGUGUUCCAACAACAACCGAGGCAAUAAACAGCACAACAAUCGAACCAACUAGUAAUUCUACUGCAUCAGAAUCCUCAACCACUGAUGGAUCCACGACAACAGGAGGAUCAUCAACAACAGGAACUUUCCCAUCAUCGACUAUAAUUUCGAGUUCCAAAUAUUUACCAAUCAGUACACCCAAAAUAAAUGUGCAAGCUACAACAUCAAACCCAUUAUACCUGCUCCAAGAGACUCCCAUUCGAAGCCCUACGGUGCUCAGUAUGGAAGGAUCUCAGCCUGGUGAACUACGACCUGAUCAGAAACUUACAGUGCAAUCGCCACCUCAGUCUAUGACUUCACUAUGCCACAAUUAUCCAAGACUCUGUGCCAAACCCGAGGAGGCGCAGUAUGUGCGGCUAACAGAUGGAUUUGGAAAACCCAUGCUCCUCAUAUUGCCUGGAGCAGUGGAGGAGCAUCCUCUGCCAAUAAAUUCAAUACAGCGGCCUUUUCGAUCUCGACCAUACCGUCGAAAAAAUCCCUCCAGGAGUAGAUACGUUUACCGAUUAAUCAAGAAAAGAAACAAGCAGCGCCUAAAUGUAUAA